UACGCUUGUUCCUUGUGAGAGACGCUUAAAAAUGACUAAAUUAAUAAUUUUUUCUAUAUUGUUAAUAAUUAAUAUUAACAAAGUAUUUUGUAUACCUUGUUGUGGAGAAAUAAUUGAUGAAUUUGAUUUGAAAAAAAAUGAAAUGAAAUCAUUUUUUUAUAAUCAAACAGAACAGGAAAAUUGUUUCCGUUUUUCAGUAAAACGUUUAACAGAUUAUGAUUUAAACGAUGACAUAUCAUUUUUACUUGCUGAAGAUGUUAAAAAACCUGAAAACUUUAUAAUCAUUACAUUAAUGAACAAAAUGGCUAAUAUGAAAAAACAAACAGCUACAGGUCAUUGUUUCUUAACGGAAUCCAGAAAUAAAGAUAUUAUUUUUAACGAUUGGGAAUUCGUCAGUUUUUGGCUUCAAUCAAGUAACGGAGAGCUUACAUUAAGACAUGAAUUAGGCCCAAAUGAAUACAGUGAACCAUUUUUAAAAUUUAAUCGCGACAUAGGCUUUAAAGUUAAUAAUUUUGUGGUUACUCACGAUUACAGCUCGAAAGGAUAUUGGCAAAUCAAAAUGGCAGACUGUUCUCAAUUACCAAAAUAAUGUGUUCUUGUAAUGCGCAAGAUAACAUCCAAUUUAAUUUUAUAAAGUUGCAUAAUAUUGUCUUUUUAUAAUUUGUGGUUAUUUGAUUAAAUCUUAAAAUCUUAAAUUUU